UCCAUGGACAAACCCACAUCAUGCUCUUGGCCUCGUACCAUCACGGAGCUAGACUGAGAUUAAGAAUGGAAAAUGUACAGAAUUCGUUGCCUGCUCCUUUUGUAGGGAUUGGAGUGUUCGUGGUGAAGGGAAAGAAGGUGCUCAUGGGACGUCGCCUUACCUCUGUCGGUCACAAUACUUUCUCUGUCCCCGGUGGCCAUCUCGAAUUCGGGGAGUGUUUCGAGGAAUGCGCUGCAAGAGAAGUGAAGGAAGAGACAGGAUUAGAUGUAGAGAAAAUAGAGUUUUUGGAAGUGAGGAAUAGCAUAAUCCUUAAUGAAGCAAAACCAGCACAUAUAGUUUCGAUAUUCAUGCGUGCAGCUCUGGCAGAUGCUGAUCAAGUUCCGGAGAAUGUUGAACCAGAAAAGUGUGAUGGCUGGGAAUGGUAUGACUGGGAAAACCUUCCCAGACCACUCUUUGGUUCCUUGGAGAAUUAUGUGCAGAGUGGUGUUAAGCCCUUUCCUAUUGAUGAUUAAAAUUUAUGAAAUGUGAUUUCUCAAAAGAAUCGAAACUUCUCUGGCAACAAAUUUUUUGGAUUUUUGUAUGAAUAAUUUUUGUAUUAUACAAAUAAAUGUACUCAUUUCCAUUUC